AAUACAUUUAUUAUUUUACUCUGAUCUUAUUAUUAUUAUUAUUAUUGCUUUUAUUAUUUUACUCUAUUUAUUAUUACAUGUAUUAUUUUCCUGUAUUUAUUAUUAUUAUUAUUAUUACAUGUAUUAUUUUACUCUAUUAUUAUUAAAAGGAUACAUAAGCACAUUUACAUUGAAGAAGAUGAGAAUAAUGAUUUGAUCAGAGUUGGACAGUCUUAUCUUAAAUUUGAGCUUGAUGUAAAUAUUCAAAAACAUUUAACCUACAGAUGCCUCAAUUAAUGUAAUUUUAUUGGUAUCUAUUUUUAUUUCUGAAAUGGUAAAAUUAGGUGCCUCGGCUUAUAUUCGGGUCGGCUUAUACUUGAGUAUAUACAGUAAUUUGUAUUGUUCCUUCAGAUAUUCAUCAGUAGGAUGUUUCAAAAAGCUUCUAUAAAAUGUGGUAUUGGACAAUUUUCUCUCAGCCCUUAGAUGUAGUCUGAAUUGUUUAUAAUGACUACAGCUUCUUGUUUGUCAUCCUAGUGUAUUGUUUUGGGAUUGUUUCUGAGACUGUGGGUGGCAUCUGGUUCCAUAAGGCUGAGGCUGUGUAAUAAAUUGUAAUUCUUGUUGAUCAUCUCAGUUUGGGCAUGAUAACAAAAACAUCCUGUGUAGAAAUUUAGUUCCCUGACCUUUCUUUCUGAAGAGGCCCAUGUAUUGCUUGGAAACAUAUCCUUGUGGGUUGGUAUAAUGACCAUUGUCACAUUGUGCAAACUUAGGUAAUGUUUGCGAACUGUUGCCUGUGAAAAUUCAUGUUGAAAUAAAACCCAGUUAAUCUUAAAGGUGCUGCCACAUUCCUUUGUUUUCUCCCCUAUUCCUCCUUUUCAUAGUGCUGUAGUAUUAACAUGUCUACUUCUUUGAAACUAUCCAGGCAUCUUCAAACUUUGGUCCUCCAGCUGUUUGGGCCUUCAAUUCCCAGUAUUCCUUAUCAUUGAACAAGCUGGCUAGAGCUUCUGGGAGUUGGAGGCCCAAACAGCUAGAUGGCCACAGUUUGAGGAUGCCUGGUCUACAUUGACUGGCUGAAGCUCUCCAGGGUUUUAGGCAUGGGAUCUUUCUCAGUUCUGCCUUGGGUGCCCACAGGCCGAGGACUGGACAUCUUUCCAUGUCUGGGCCACUGAGCUCUAUAAGCCUCCCCAAUGGUCAUAUUCAUCGAGAUACAAGGAGGAUGAACAUAGUUGGGAAUCUGAAAUGUAGAAGCCAUUUGGACUGGGAGCAGAGAGAGAAGAUGGGUUGCUGUUGAGUUUUUCGGGCUGUAUGGCCAUGUUCCAGAAGCUUUCUCUCAUGACGUUUCACCCAUAUCUGUGCCAAACAUCCUCAGAGGUUGUGAGAUAUGUUGGAAACCAGGCAAGGGAGGUUUAUAUAUCUGUGUAAGGUCAAGUGUGAAAGAAAGAACUCUUGUCUGUUGGAGGCAGCUGUGGAUAUUGUAAUUAAUCACCUUGAUUAGCAUUUGAUGGCCCUGUGGCCUCAAGGCCUGCCUGGGAGAAUCCUUUGUUUGGAGGUGUUAGGUGACCCUUAUUGUUUCAUGUCUGGAAUUCCUGUGUUUUCAGAGUGUUGUUCUUUAUUUACUGUUCUGAUUUAGAAGUUUUUAAUACGGGUAGCCAGAUUUUGUUCAUUUUCAUGAUUUCCUCUUUUCUGUUGAAAUUGUCUACAUGUUUAUAGAUUUCAAUGGCAUCUCUGUGAAGCCUGACAUGAUAGUUGUUAGAGUGGUCCAGCAUUUCAGUCUUCUCAAAUAAUAUUCUGUGUCCAGGUUGGUUCAUCAAGUGCUCUGCUAUGGCUGACUUCUCUGGUUAAAGUAGUCUGCAGUGCUUUUCAUGUUCCUUGAUUCGUAUUUGGGCAAUGCUGUGUUUGGUGGUCCCUAUGUAGACUUGUCCACAGCUGCAUGGUAGACUCCUGCAGAGAUGAGAAGAUUCCUCUUGUGUUUCGCUGAACAUAGCAUUUGUUGGGUAUUCAUAGUGGACCUGUAGAUAGUUUGUAGGUUGUGUUUCUUCAUCAGCUUCCCUAUGCGGUCAGGGGUUCCCUUAAUGUAUGGUAAGAACACUUUUCCUCUAGGUGGAUCUUUGUCUUUUCUCUCGUGGCUUGUUCUUGGGUUUGCAGCUCUUCCAAUGUCUGUGGUGGAGCAUCCAUUGACCUGUAGAGCCCAGUUUAGGUGGUUUAGUUCACUUUGGAGGAGGUGGGGUUCGCAAAUGGAGUUUUUAUGAAGGUAUCUAUCCGUGUGUGUAGAUUUUCUGUAAACUGUGUGGCCCAAUUGUUUGGGUUUGUGGAUGACUAGGACAUCUAGAAAAGGCAGUUUUCCUUCAUUUUCUUUUUCCAUGGUGAAUUGGAUGUUUGGGUGGAUGCUGUUGAGGUGGUCCAGGAACUUGUUUAAUUCUUCUUCGUACUUGGGAGAAGAUUUUAUCAUCUUCUCCCAAGUAUGGCAUCUUGCACAUUCUGUUUCCAGGGAGCUUCCUUUCCUCUUCAUAACCCCAAGAGAGCUCACUUUUCCCCUCACCUACCCCAUUUUCUGAAGUUCCAGGAGAUUCGAAAUUUCCAAGGACCUCCCUUCUCUCAAAUCUGCAGGACGAAGCCUGGAGCCAUAAUGCACAGUUCUCAGCCAGAGAGAAUGGUGAGGGAGGAAGGGAGUUGUUUUUGGGUGAAAUUCAGCACAUAGGUUUUUUCAUCCCAAAGUUGGGGAAGAGUUGUUCUGGAUGUGUGCUAGAAAUCAGGUCCUCCUGAAUACUGUCCAUUUGUUUCUCUGAGGGUGCCUCUACCCUGUAGAGUUAAUGCAGUUUGACACCACUUUAACUGCCAUGCCUCAGUGUUAUGGAAUCUGGAGAUUUACAGUUUGGUGAGGCACUGGAGUUAUUUUCAAGAGAAGACUUGUAAAACUACAACUCCCACGAUUCCCUGGCAUUGAGCCAUGACAAUUAAAGUAGUGUCAAACUGCUUUAAUUCUACAGUGUAGAGGUACCUUGAAUCAGGGUAAGGUCUAAUAGUUGAAAAUAGGAGAAAUGCUGGAGUCUGGCCCUAUCCAGAACACUGGUCCUAGAAAAAGUUCUAGACCCUAAACUUUGCGUGCUAUGGGAUGGAUGUGGAUGAGUGACAACUCAUUCUGCCUCUGGGCUCCUAUGCCUUUAAGAACAACUACAUCUACCAAGCAUGUGGUGGGUGAUCAUGUGAAAGGAAAAUGUGUGUAUGUCCUGCUAAUUCCAGCAGACCAGGCUUCUGAUUGUAAAAUCCCAAAGGGUUUGAUUUGCAGCUGGUUAGUUAGUUGGCGAACUCAGGCUAGGGAGGGCAGGAUUUCUGUAUCCCAAAUAGCCUCAUCCUCCAUUUCGUCCACAGUACAGGGAUUGCAGGAUGUUUAAAUAUAUUGACUUAAGUUCAAAGGAGGACAGGCACCUAUAGAUAGACAUGUGUGCAUUUCUAUGUAAAGAGUCGUGAUACAAAUGACUGUACCUUGCAAAAUAUGCAUUUUAACCAUUUACGGGUUCGUUGCACCUGUCAGGAUAAGGGUGGAUAAUACAAGGUCUAUAUUGUUUGUUUUUGUUUUCUCAAACUGUUUGGUUAAAAUGGAGCAUAUCGGUUUUUAACCAAACAUUUGAAAGAUCAUUUGUGUGCAUUUCUGCUUUGAUAUGCCUUGUUGUUGUUGGGGCAGGAUUCUGAUUAUUAUGUUGGUAAAUUGUGAAGUGAACAGUGUGGCGAAGAGGUCUGAGCAUUAGAAUACUGGAGAUUAGGGUUCAAAUCUCUAUAAAAACCCACUGGUGGACAUGGGGCAAUCCACAUUCUCUCAGCCACAGGAAAAAAAACUAUGAUAGGUUUGUCUUUGGGUUGCCAGCGGUUGGAAACUUGAAGGAACAACCUAAAAGAGCAAGUGGUUCAAGGGGAAGUGAUAACUGAAUGCCAAAAGGGAAUAAAUUAUUCUCUCAAUUCCUGCCCUCAGUAUUAACCAGCUCAACUCUUACUUUGAUGGGUACACCAAAUGCAGCAAACUAAACAAUACAAAAUCACUAUGCCUAGUUUUACACUGCCAAAUAAUGCAGUUUGAGUCCAGUGCAGUUUAAACUGCAUUAUUUGGCAGUGUAGGACAAACCUAUGAUAAUCAGUUAAAAACACAGUUCUGAAGCAGAAACCAGUAUUCAACUGGUUAAUUCAUGUCCUCUCCCAGCCUUAGAUUUCUGUCUAAGGUGAUCAGCUGAUGUGGGAAAGGAGGGGGGAAAGAGAAGGGAAGGAGUUACACCCUUCACUUCUGACCCCUGGAUCUCCCCCAAGGAGGAAAUCAGGGAGAGCCAAAAUAUCACUCUCCCUCCUCCCUCCUGCCCCGCCUCCAAGGAAAAAACUUUGCAGGAAGAAGAAAGAGAGCGAGACGCAGUUAUGGAGUCUGACCUUGUGGAAGGUGAUCCACCAGGAAGUGAGACUGGUACUAUAGUGGACAAUCUGGGCAGUCAGGCUCCUUACCGCUGUGCUCCGGAAGUGACCAAAGUUGAGCACUACGACUUGGUGCCAUCCUCCUCUUCUUCCUCUGUCUGUCAUACUCCAUCCCCGGGGCUACCGUGGGCCCAACGUGCUCGGCUACAGCCCGCCAGCGUGGCGCUGAGGAAGCAGGAAGAGGAGGAGAGCAAGCGUUCCAAGGCUCUGUCAGACAGCUAUGAGCUCUCCACGGACCUGCAGGACAAAAAGGUGGAGAUGCUGGAGCGGAAAUAUGGGGGCUAUUUCCUGAGCCGACGGGCGGCUCGCACCAUCCAGACCGCCUUCCGCCAGUAUCGCAUGAACAAGAAGUUUGAACGCCUGCGAAGCUCGGCAUCUGAGAGCCGCAUGUCACGACGCAUCAUUCUUUCCAACAUGCGGAUGCAGUACUCCUUUGAGGAGUUUGACAAGGCCCAGAAUGCCCCUUACUUUGAAGGGAAACCUGCUUCUCUGGACGAAGGCACCAUGGCUACGUCUCGGCCGCAUCUCUUGGACCAUGGCUUACCCUAUGGUGGCUCCUGCCGGACUGGCUUGGAUGGCAGCUCCCUGCAUUCCUCUUCUGGAGGCUUCUGCAAUGACAUCACAGAGCUUGAGGACUCCUUCUCCAAGCAGGUAAAGUCUCUGGCAGAAUCAAUUGAUGAAGCCUUGAACUGCCACCCGCUUGGGCAAGAGGGGGGACCAGGAGGCCCUACCUUGGAAAAGAGCGAGUCCAAGGAGCAGCAGGGUGACAGCGCAGCCACUUCAUUCAGCGACGUGACGCUAUAUCUGGAUGAAGGAGCUCCCACAUCGCCCCUCUCUCUGGAUCGCCCGCCCAGCACUGAGCCCCCUGAGCCCACCACAGGGGUACCGAUUCCACCACCCCCACGGCCAGAGUACUGGGGUGGGCCACAGCGUGAGGACAGCCGGGAGAAUGGGGGCGCUAGCCGGAGGAGUACACCAUGCAUGGAGUGCCGGGACUACCGCCUGCGGGGUGCCCACCUCCCUUUACUCACUAUUGAACCUCCCAGCGACAGCUCAGUGGAUCUGAGCGACCGCUCCGAUCGGGGAUCUCUCAACUGGGGCCUGAUCUAUGAGCAAGAUGGCUGCAGCCCCCAUGGCACUCUCAAACACCCUCCUGGCCACCCUCCUGGCCACCCUCCUGGCCACCCUCCUGGCCACCCUCCUGGUCCUGGGCGCUCCCCACAUCCACAUCGGCAUUAUCAUCCGGAACAAAACCAGCCUCCCCCACCUCUCCCCAUGCCGCCCCCUCAGCCCCCCAGCCGGAUGCCCCAGCCUCCUCCGCCAGACAACUCUGAUGGUGACAACGACAGCCUCAACAGCACCACCAAUUCCAAUGAGACCAUCAAUUGCAGCUCAGGCUCCUCCUCUCGCGACAGUCUGCGGGACCCACCCCCACCUGCCCCCACUGGCACCUCCUCGGCCCCUGGUGGGCCCUGCAAACAAACCUACCAGCGGGAGACGCGGCACAGCUGGGAUUCACCUGCCUUCAACAAUGACGUGGUACAGCGCCGGCAGUACCGCAUCGGCCUCAACCUCUUCAACAAGAAACCAGAGAAGGGUAUCCAGUAUUUGAUUGAGAGAGGUUUUCUAUCGGACACCCCAGUUGGCGUGGCACGCUUUAUCCUGGAGCGGAAGGGCUUGAGCCGGCAGAUGAUCGGCGAGUUCUUGGGCAACCGGCAGAAGCAGUUCAACCGGGAUGUCCUGGACUGCGUGGUAGACGAGAUGGAUUUCUCCAGCAUGGAUUUGGAUGACGCUUUGCGGAAGUUCCAGUCUCAUAUUCGGGUGCAAGGAGAAGCACAGAAGGUGGAGCGUCUCAUUGAGGCCUUCAGCCAGCGCUACUGUGUAUGCAAUGCCCCCCUCGUGCGCCAAUUCCGGAAUCCGGACACCAUCUUCAUACUGGCUUUUGCCAUCAUCCUUCUGAACACCGACAUGUACAGCCCCAGUGUUAAGGCAGAGCGAAAGAUGAAAUUAGAUGACUUCAUCAAAAAUUUGCGAGGAGUGGAUAACGGUGAAGAUAUUCCUCGUGAUCUACUGGUAGGGAUUUACCAACGAAUUCAAAGCCGGGAGCUGCGUACCAAUGAUGACCACGUGUCUCAGGUCCAAGCAGUGGAGCGCAUGAUUGUGGGUAAAAAGCCGGUCCUCUCCUUGCCCCACAGGCGCCUGGUUUGCUGCUGCCAGCUGUAUGAGGUGCCUGACCCCAACCGGCCCCAAAGGCUUGGGUUGCACCAGAGGGAAGUCUUCCUCUUCAAUGACCUCCUAGUGGUGACAAAGAUAUUCCAGAAGAAGAAGAUCCUUGUGACCUACAGUUUCCGUCAGAGCUUCCCUCUUGUUGAGAUGCAGUUGCAGCUCUUUCAGAAUUCCUAUUACCAGUUUGGGAUUAAACUGCUCUCAGCUGUUCCUGGUGGGGAAAGGAAAGUCUUGAUCAUCUUCAAUGCCCCCAGUCUGCAGGAUCGAUUGCGCUUCACCAGUGACCUGCGGGAAUCCAUUGCAGAAGUACAAGAGAUGGAGAAAUAUCGCGUUGAAUCGGAGUUAGAGAAGCAGAAAGGAGUGAUGCGCCCCAAUGCCUCACCCUCCUCUGGACCCAAGGAUGCUGUGAAUGGGACCCUAACCCGGAGCAGCCUGGAGGAUGCCUACACGGUGGGAGAAGGACUGAAGAGAAGUGCUCUCAGUAGCUCCCUCCGCGACCUCUCCGAUGCUGGCAAACGGGGUCGUCGUAACAGCGUGGGAUCCUUGGACAGCACAAUUGAAGGAUCUAUCAUUAGCAGCCCACGUCCCCACCAGAGAGUGCCACCUCCGCCUCCUCCAGAGGAAUACAAGCCCCAGCCUCGGCCCCCCUCUAACUCAUCAUCUUUCCUGGGCUCCCUUUUUGGCAGCAAGCGUGGGAAGGGUCCCUUUCAGACGCCGCCCAGCCAGGCCUCGGCCUCCUCAUCUUCAGCGUCUUCAUCCCACCACCACCUUCCCCAGCAUCACCCCCACCACAGCCACCCAUCCUUGCCCGAUGGCAGCCAGUCAAAGCUGCAGGCGCUCCACGCCCAGUACUGCCAUGGCCCCUCUUCCCAGCCUCCCCCUCCAUACCCCCAGCAACCCCCUCCGCCGCCACAGCCGGCCCCUCCACCCCCACCCCUUGCCCUGCCCUCUAACCCCUUGCCACCCCAUGUCCAGCGCUACCACCAAUCCCAGCAGCCCCCCCUUUCCGCUCCUCCUCAGAAGCAGGCAGUGCCUGCCUUCCCUACCCCACAACCCCACCACCAUUACACCCUGGGGCGGCCCAGCCAGCAGAAGCGGGCACACCAGCUGGCCGCUGCAGCUUCUCAGCACCCUCCCUUCCCCCAUGGGCGCCAGCCCACCUCACCACUGCCCCUCUAUAGCCCAGCCCCCCAGCAUGCCCUCGCCCACACGUACCCCCAGCAGCUGCACCAGACCGGUGGUGGGCAGCACACACUGCAUAGGCAACAGCCCCCCAAGCACUUUAUCUUCAGUCAUCACCCCUCCCAAAUCAUGCAGCGCCCCCCUGUACCACCUGGCGUUGGGCCAUACCCAGGGCAUCAUGGCCACCCUCCUCAGCAGCACCAUGGCCAGCCCCCGAUGCCCCCUCCUCAUUCCCCCAUUCCCCCUCACCCUUCCUACCCCCCUCUCCCGCCCCCGUCUCCUCACACUCCUCUCAGCCCCCACUCUCCGGCAGCGCCUACCUCCCCCUUGCCCCAGCACAUCCCCAUGCACCAGGGGGGCCCUCAAGCCAUGCCCUCCCAGGGCCCUCCCAACCCCAAAACAAAGCAGGUCAACAGAAUCAGCACCGUUGUGUGAGGAAUACCAAUGUUGCCGCCACCACCGUGGGGCUGGCGGUUAGAUAUAAAUAUACAUAAAUAACAGAACUCGGGGGCUCCUCUGUUCAGACUGAGGGCAUAGAGAGAGGGGGGAAGUCAGGAGGAUGUCUAGACUUUAUGGCCAUUCCCCUUCCGCCCUCCCUCCCCACUCCAGACCCCCUCGGUCCUUUUUUUCCUAGGAUCAGAACUGAGAGAGGGUCUCCUUUGGAGCAGUGCCUCAGAAAGGAAGACGUCUAGACCUGCAAUGCCACUUGUGGCUCCAUGUUUGGGCUUUGCUGUCGAAGAGCUGCAUCUCUUCUCUCUUCCUACCCCUGUCCACUGCUCUCCUUUUGGUUAGAAAAUGGAUGUCUACGGACAGUGCAAUAUCUUUUGAAGUGAGGGGUGUUGUUGAAAGAAUGAAGUGCAAUGGAGGGUGAACAUGGGGUGCUUUCUAGUAGUACUAACUUAAGGGACACAGAACUUUACACCGUGAUGUCUCUCAAAGUGCCACAGAAGGAAGUCCUUUUUUGUAGUUAAGCAUUUCAACCUCUUUCAAACAGCACAAAAGGUAAUAACCGCCAUUUGUGGCAGUGGUAGAACACUGACUAAAUGGUCCUCCAUGCAAAAGUCUCCCUUGGGAAGGAUGGCCCAAGAAGAGCCCCAUGCCUUUUAUCUUUUUAAAUAAGACGUUUGCAAUAUCAAAUUGCAGUUUCUUUCGGCUAAAACUCUCUUUCCUUCCAAGAACAAAUUGGCCCUGGGAAAUGUGGAGAGCAUAUAUCAUUGAUGCAGUAUUAUUUGUAGCCCAGAAAUGCUGUCAGCUUCACAGUAGGGAUUUGACUCCAAGAAAGGGGCAUCCCACAAGUAUAGGAACCAGCCACAUCAGAUAACCCAUGGCCUUGUUUUUCUGAAGAGGAAGGAUCCAUUGGCAGCACACUUCCUUCUCUUUGUUCUUUUGCUGGUUGAAGAGAGAGGAGCAGCUCCAGCUAUUGAUCACUCCGGUAUUUGGUCUUCGGUUAAGGAUGCCACAAAACUUUUAUGGUUGUGUAGAAGAGGAAAAUUCAGCAGCUGUUGCUUGCUACCUGGUUGCAUGACAAGCAGCCCUUGAUGAAAUUCCCCUUUCUGCACAUUAAUUCAAGGGCAGAUGUGCCAUUGGUGUUGCCAAGGUGGGAGAGUCUUUCCACUGGAGCUCAUUGCAAUGUAUGUGAACACAUACAAACACACUUCCCUGCACCACAACACCACUGCCACUUUCUCCUUCAGAGCCUUCUCAGGGCUUGGCUUCCAGGAUGCCUCUGGCACCUUGCUUCCCUACUACUCCUGUGUCUGCAAGGGCUGCCAAGGAAUUAUCUAUUAGGAGGACAUUUUAUAUUUGUAUGAAAAAAAGAUCCCCAGCCCUUUGCCAGGACCACCAAAAUGACUCAGGGAGAGAGAGGACAACGGUGUCCCAAACACUUUGAGAAAGAGAAGAGGAUCUCCUUUUUAUUUUUCAAUUUGCACAGAAUUUGCAAGUUUUUGCUGUUUACAUUAAAGGAAGGAACAUGGGGUGGGAGGGGGGAGAGAGGAAGUAUAGUUUGUUUUUGUUUUUUUGAGAAAUUGGGGACAUGGUGGGUGGGUGGGAGGAGAGAAGGUGUCUUGCCCUCUCAGUUCUUAUUCAUAAAGGGCUAUUCUUAAUCCUUUCCCCCUCCCCACCUCUGCCGAGGGUUUGCACUGAAUACAAUUUUUAAUUGGGGAGGGGGGCUCACAUAUAAAUAUAUAUAUCCAUACCUGGCUUUGCUUGUAUGACCUCUACCCUUUCACUGAUUUGGGGCAGGGUCAGAAAGCAGGGUAUUAUCUCUCCUCUCACCUGAAUUGCUCUUUCAUCCUGUCAGUAGGGAGGAGGUAGGGAAGCCCACUUCUUCCUCUCUUUGGGAGCUAAGAUGCACUUUAACCUUUCUUCCCCUUUGUUUCUUGGAGGAAAAAAGAUGGGGUCAAUCUCACUCAUCCCUGACCAAGCCCACCCAGGCCUAUUCUUCUUCCCGACCUUUCCUUCCCUGACGCUGUUACCUCAUCCUACAACCCACCCCUCUCAUCAAGUAGGAUUAGCAACAGGACUACCGUGUUUAAUUGCUUGGAUUUGGAGCCAAGGGAGACAUGAGAUUGACUCACCAUCUUGCAAUUUUCGAAAAGCAAGAAAAGAUGUCUAUUUCAUAGUGCCUGGUGACAGUUUUCUAAGGACAUGAUCGCUUUUGGACAGAUCAAAUUAUUUUGGUCUUUAAACCCAUUUGUAAACAUUUGGUUUCCCUUUUUUGGAGGCAAAAACAGAACAAUGAGACUUGCCUAUAUGCAGUAAGCAAGACCAUCUCUGAAGAUGGGUUGUUCUUGUGUUUCUCGUUCAUGAGAAAACAAAUGGCAUGGCUUGGCUUUGCUGGAAACCUUCAGCAAUGUGAUCUAAUCUAGCCUUCUUCACUCUGGUCACCUCCAGAGCUUUGGACUACAAGGCCUUCUUCCCACAGGUUGGCCAAUGGCCAUGCUGCUGGAAGACUGGUGUGAUCAGUCACCCCAGGAAAGGUCUGUAAUGAGGAAGGCAGAUGUAACCAAUUUUCACUUUGUUCCUUUGGUUGUUCUCCCAAGUCACGACUAUGUGCCCUAUUUGUCAACAGUUCAAAGGAGCACAUGCUCUGUGAUAGAUUGGAUUUCUGGCCUCUUGGAUUGUUUGAGGAAGGGAGAAGAGUAACAAGAGGACUGCUUAGUGGAGGGAUUCAAGGAGGCUGGUGACUUCACCGAUCCUCAGCCCCAAUUGGAAGUGCCAUACCUUGUUUUCCUUGGCCUUCAUUGAUUACACUCCAGGACGCUUGAGGGGAACCCAGGAGUCCUGCCUGGAGCUGCGAGCAUAUAGUGGUUUCAGCAGCUCCUAUUUCCACCCUCCGGUGUCCUGGACUACUACUCCUCCCUCCCUUCAUAUCCCAUGUCAAGUCUUCCUACCCAGUACACCAACCCCCCAGCAUGCACUUUGUCCCUACCCUGCACUGCAUUUCCUGUGUCGGGUUUGUUGCUGUACAGAGAUUCCUGUGUAUAUAUACUAUAUAUUAUAAAUAUCAGCCUCUAAGAGGGAGGGGGUGGCCUCCGGCCCGUGGCGUUUUCUGUGGCAUGGGCCUAUCCCGUUGUCCCUUUUCCCGGGGCUCAUGGCUGGAAGACUCCAAAUUUGACUGUAUUUUUGGUUCCCUAUCUUCCCCUCACCCCCUCACCUCGGGUCCACUUUGUACAUAAGAAACUGUAUAUUUUAUGCUUCAUAAAUUGAUCAAAUGUU